UGCAGCAUAUUUAGACGUGUGCACCAUAUGCCGUGCUUUCAAAAGGCAUUUAAUUUGGCAUAUGUCUCGAAGUGACACUAACUGUGAUGAACACAGACACACCAAGCUACAUUAACACCAAAUCUAUAUGGCCACUUCAAAUAAAACAUUCUUAGUGAAUUGCUCCAUUCAGAAAAGACCCUCUUAUGCCUCGGACAAUUCUCAUCAUGACAACCUUCCACUCUUCCCUGCCUUUAAGCCACUUAAGAAAGUUCUUCAUGAAGGCCCCUUGCAAAUUGAAUAUGUUCACAAAACUAUGACAAACACUGCAGCUAGAUUACUCGACGCUUUUGUAGAUUCAUUCUUUGAAUUUAUUGACCAACCACUGCUUCCAUCUCAGAGUAACUUUGCUCCGGUGGAGGAGUUAGGCGAAGCCAUACUUGUGACCACCAUCCAAGGACGAAUUCCAGACGAUUUUCCUGAGGGUGUCUACAUUAGAAAUGGACCAAAUCCACUUUUUGGAGGACUAAAAUCAACAAAUUCUAUCUUUGGGAGGUGUAGUCACACUUGGGUGGAAGGAGAGGGAAUGCUUCACGCGUUGUACUUUAAAAGGUCAAGUCAUGGGAGCUGGACGAUCCUUUACAACAACAAGCACGUUGAAACCGACACAUACAAGCUUGAAAAGCAGCAAAGCAAACCAUUGUUUCUACCGGUCAUACAAGGCGAUUCACCAGCCAUUUUGUCUUCUUAUUUGCUAAACUGGUUGCGAUUUGGCAAAGUAAACAAGUACAUCAGCAACACCAAUGUCUUUGAGCAUUCAGGGAAGUUUUACUCUGUUGCUGAAAAUCACAUCCCACAAGAGAUCGAUAUCUUUACACUCAAAACUUUAAAAAAUUGGGAUGUCAAUGGAGCCUGGGAUCGUCCUUUUACCAGUCAUCCAAAGAAAGCUCCAGGCACAGGGGAACUAGUUACAUUAGGGGUUUCCCCAACGAAACCUUUUGCCGUAGUUGGAAUUAUUUCUGCUGAUGGAAAGAAAUUGGUUCAUAAAGUUGACCUUAAACUAAAGAGGUGCAGUCUUUGCCAUGAGUUGGGUGUUACACAGAGGUACAAUGUGAUCAUGGAUUUUCCACUAACCAUUGAUCUAAACAGACUUCUUAGAGGUGGCCCAUUAAUUAAGUAUAAUAAGGAGGAAUACGCUAGGAUUGCGGUAAUGCCACGCUAUGGUGAUGCCAACUCAAUCAAAUGGUUUGAGGUGGAACCUAAUUGCACUUUUCACAUUAUCAAUUCUUUUGAGGAUGGUCACGAGGUUGUAGUGAGGGGCUGCAGAUCUCUAGAUUCACUAGUUCCUGCACCUGACCCAAGUUUGAUGGAAUUUGAGUGGUUGUCUCGUUGUUAUGAGUGGCGAUUGAAUAUGCAAACGGGAGAAGUUAAUGAGAGAGAUCUGUGUGGAGCCAACGUAUAUUAUAUGGAUUUUCCUAUGAUCAAUGAAAACUUCAUAGGUAUUAGGAAUAGAUAUGCAUACACCCAAGUAGUUGAUCUUAUUGCAAGCUCUACUCAAGACGUGCCAAAAUAUGGAGGUUUAGCGAAGCUCUACUUUGAAGAAUCAUGUGCAGAGUUUUCCAUGCAGAGAGAGAAAGAGCAACCUGAAGAGGCUAUACGAGUGGAAUGCCACAUGUUUGAGAAGAAUACAUUUUGCAGUGGGGCUUCCUUUGUCACCAGAGAUGGGGGUCUUGAAGAAGAUGAUGGUUGGAUCAUAGCUUUUGUUCACAAUGAAGACACUAACAUAUCUGAAGUUCAUAUAAUUGACACAAACAAGUUUUCUGGCGAUACGGUUGCCAAAAUUACAAUGCCUCGCAGAGUACCAUAUGGGUUUCAUGGAGCUUUCAUGCAAAUUUCAUUUCAGGCACAUUAGCACUACAGUAUCACCAACAUAUGUUCACAGAGUGCCGUUUCUAUUCUUAUAUAUAUAUAUAUAUAUAUUUUUUUUUUUUCUGAGAGUUCAUUAAGUCUUCUUUUCUUUUGGUUAUGUAUCCAUAGAAGACAUGCUUGAUUGAAAUAGGAAAGACCACUCAACUGGGGUCUUCUAUCAGAAAUUUCU